CGCCCGCGCAGCCCCGGACCCCGCAGCCAUGUCCAAGGAGCCGCGGCCCGGCCGGGGGGAGAUCCUGGAGAGCCAGGUGGUGUGGGAGCCGGACAGCAAGAAGGACACGCAGAUGGACCGCUUCCGGGCGGCCGUGGGCGCCGCCUGCGGCCUGGCGCUCGAAAAUUAUGAUGACUUAUACCACUGGUCAGUUGAGUCAUAUUCAGACUUCUGGGCAGAGUUCUGGAAAUUCAGUGGAAUUGUCUUCUCACGCAUGUACGAAGAGGUCGUGGACACAUCGAAAGGGAUAGCGGACGUCCCCGAGUGGUUCAAAGGCAGUCGUCUCAACUACGCAGAAAACCUUCUGCGGCACAGGGAGAACGACCGAGUCGCCCUUUAUGUCGCAAGGGAAGGCAGAGAGGAAAUUGCGAAGGUGACUUUCGAAGAGUUGCGGCAACAAGUGGCUUUGUUUGCAGCCGCGAUGAGGAAAAUGGGUGUGAAGAAAGGAGACCGGGUCGUCGGUUACCUGCCCAACAGCGCGCAUGCCGUGGAGGCCAUGCUGGCUGCGGCGAGCAUCGGCGCCAUCUGGAGCUCCACGUCCCCGGACUUCGGUGUGAACGGUGUGCUGGACCGCUUCUCUCAAAUUCAGCCGAAGCUCCUCUUGUCCGUGGAGGCCGUCGUCUACAACCGCAAAGAGCACGGCCACAUGGACAAGCUGCAGCAGGUCGUUAAAGGACUACCGGACUUGAAAAAAGUGGUGGUGAUUCCCUACGUCACCUCCAGAGAGAAGAUAGACAUUUCGAAGAUUCCAAAUAGUGUGUUUCUGGAUGAUUUUCUUGCAAGCGGAAGGGAUGAGCAGGCCCCACAGCUGGAGUUCGAGCAGCUGCCCUUCAGCCACCCGCUCUUCAUCAUGUUUUCCUCGGGCACGACCGGAGCGCCCAAGUGCAUGGUGCAUUCCGCUGGGGGCACCCUCAUCCAGCACCUGAAGGAGCAUGUUCUUCACGGCGACAUGACCAGCAGCGACAUCAUCCUGUAUUACACCACGGUCGGCUGGAUGAUGUGGAACUGGAUGGUGUCUGCUCUUGCCACGGGGGCGGCCUUGGUCUUGUACGACGGCUCCCCCCUGGUGCCGACGCCCAACGUGCUCUGGGACCUGGUGGACAGGAUCGGCAUCACCAUCCUUGGGACGGGUGCCAAGUGGCUGUCUGUGCUGGAAGAGAACGACUUGAAGCCGGCGGAAACCCACAGUCUGCAGACGCUGCACACCAUCCUGUCCACCGGCUCCCCGCUGAAAGCCCAGAGCUACGACUACGUCUACAGGUGCGUCAAGAGCAGAGUCCUCCUCGGCUCCAUCUCAGGUGGCACGGACAUCAUCUCCUGCUUCAUGGGGCAGAACUCCUCUAUCCCUGUGUACAGAGGGGAGAUCCAGGCCCGGAACCUGGGCAUGGCCGUGGAGGCGUGGAGCGAGGAAGGAAAGGCUGUGUGGGGAGAGAGCGGAGAGCUGGUGUGCACCAAGCCGCUUCCCUGCCAGCCCACGCACUUCUGGAAUGACGAGAACGGGAGCAAGUACAGGAAGGCCUAUUUCUGCAAGUUCCCAGGGGUCUGGGCGCACGGCGACUACUGCAGGAUCAACCCCAAGACCGGGGGCAUCGUCAUGCUGGGCCGGAGUGACGGCACCCUCAACCCCAACGGAGUGCGCUUCGGCAGCUCGGAGAUCUAUAACAUUGUGGAAGCCUUCGAGGAGGUGCUGGAUAGCCUGUGUGUCCCGCAGUACAGCAAGGACGGGGAGGAGAGGGUGCUGCUCUUCGUGAGGAUGGCUGCCGGCCACGCCUUCCUGCCCGGCCUGGUGAAGAGCAUCCGUGACGCCAUCCGCGUCGGCCUGUCUGCCCGGCACGUGCCCAGCCUCGUCCUGGAGACCAAGGGCAUCCCGUAUACCCUCAAUGGCAAGAAAGUGGAGGUGGCCGUGAAGCAGAUCAUCGCUGGGAAAGCCGUGGAGCACCGCGGGGCCUUCUCAAACCCCGAGACCCUGGACUUGUACCGGAACAUCCCUGAGCUGCAGGACUUCUGAGCCGCCCGGCCUGCGGCCUCUCGGCCACACGCGUCUGGACUGUGACUUGUAUGUUCAAGAAUUGCUUAGAAACCCCCGCUUUUCUGACAGAGGAUUCGCACCCCGUGUCUGUAGCUGCGGAAGAACCGUCUCUCUGUUCCCAGCUCCGUCUGGUGGGUGCCUGAGGCUCCACACGCUGGAGCGGGGUCCUGACCUUCAGAGGCCGAGAGGG